GAAAACAACUUUCAGGAGGAUGCAUGCCUUGAGGUUCUAGAGGAAAUGCGCCAGUGUUGCCUGAAGUGGCACAAGGAAUCACUGUGUUGUUCAGGAAUAAAACUCGAUAAGAAUUACUUAGAGAAGCGCGAAAAGAAUUAAUUUUUGGGAAAUGGAUAAACCUGAUCGCCGAAGGGGUCUUCAACCGCGUCGUACUCUGAUAAAUAAAUAUCCAAGAGUGUUUAUCGUGAGCAUGACAACAGUCUGUUUGCUGGUAUUCUUCUCCAGACCCAUCUACGACGCCUUCAUCCGUACAGAUCGUGUGCCCCAUCCAAAGUGGGGUCCCAAGUAACUUUUAGUCCUUUUGAGAUUAAAAUAAACAAUGGAAUCAGUGAAGAAAGCAAAAGCUAGACUUAGAAACUAUCCGGUGUUGAUGGCAAAGUGUGGUGAAGCAGCUGCCAAGUAUGCUGCAUGUGUUACCAAAGACUUCAAUGUGAAGCACAAAAGUUGUCAGAGUGAAUUUGAUGCCCUCAAGUCCUGCCUCGAGCGUCAGGCUAAGAGUCUGAAGACACGUCUCUAAAAUCUAAAAGCCAAGUGAAAAAGUUAAUAAGAAAUGUUUGCAGUGUUCUUCAGGAAACUGUCCUUCGGGACCCAUUUGGCCAUCAAUUUUCUCCUGAGGAUUACUCUUAUACUGUACGGUGAUUUUAUGGACCAGUACUCUCAGGUGCCCUACACAGAUGUCGACUACAAGGUGAUUACUGAUGGUGCUGCUCAGGUCUUGAACGGAAGCAGCCCCUAUCGUCGUCAUACAUUUCGCUAUUCACCUCUUCUGGCCUACAUUGUCCUUCCUAAUCAUUUGGUUAAUCGCAAUGCCGGUAAAUUCCUUUUUGUACUCUUUGAUCUCGCUGUUGGAAUCCUCAUUCGCAGCAUUGUGGAUGAUGAGUACAUGAUGAUUUACCAGAAGAAUGCACAGAUGAUGGUGGAGGCUUUACCGGAAAGGGCGAAGAAGAAGGGAGCUAAAGCAAAAAUGGAGGAAGCUGUGACAGUGACUGUGAAGAGGAGAAAAUCCCGAAUGGGUCAGUUGAGUGCCUAUUUGUGGUUGUACAAUCCUCUGACGAUGGUGAUUGCCACAAGAGGAAAUGGUGAUGCAAUUGCCAGCUUUUUCAUCCUCUUGGCACUGCAUUUUGUGCAAAAACCCAAAAUAUCCGUGGGAAAUUGUUUUCUUGCUGGCAUUUUUCAUGGUAUCUCCAUUCACUUACGCCUAUUCCCACUGGCAUUUAGUCUGCCCUACUAUCUCAGUGUUUCGGGAAAUUCUUUUCGUGCACUGAAGGAUUUAAUGCCGAACAGGAGACAAGUGGCUCUUGUGCUGGGAACAAUUGGGGCUCUUGUGAGUCUCACUGGACUUUUCUAUGGGAUGUACGGUCAGGAAUUCAUCCAUGAGACGUAUUUGUACCAUUUAACGAGGAAGGAUACUCGUCAUAAUUUUUCAGUGUUCUUCUAUAUGCAGUACUUGAGGUGGAAUGUGGCAGGAAGUGCUCUCGAUAAAGUUUUUACUGCAACUCCAGGGAUACUAGUGCUUCUGAUGCUGUCUUUGGUGUUUGGUAGGAGUCGUCAGAGUUUGUCCUUUUGCCUCUUUGCUCAGGCUUUUACGAUGGUUACAUUUAAUUCUGUGGUGACAUCACAGUAUUUUAUUUGGUUUCUGGCCUUAUUGCCCAUUUCUACGAAAAAUGUGACAAGGAUGGGAGCUAAAUCUGCUGUGGCGUACACAGUUUUGUGGUUCUUAGGACAGGCUGCAUGGCUACUUCCGGCUUAUUUGCUGGAAUUUAAAGGAUGGAAUACUUUUGAAUUUAUCUGGCUUCAGGGAUUAAUGUUCUUCAGUGUCAACAUUUUUAUUCUGCAGCGUCUCAUCGCGAAUUAUGAUACACCAAUGGAUUUUGCAGUCAAGCAAAAAUAGAUACAAAUGGUAGAAAAAAAUUAUGUAGUGUCUGAAUAAAAAAUAAAUAAAGAGAAAAAAAUCGA